AUCACGCCCCUGUUUUGGUUUACGCUUGACAGCAAGUAAAGUUUCCGUGACUGUUUCAGUCGUUGAAUCGGUGCAUUUUCUCUAAUGAUGGAAAAAAAGUAACUAUGGUGGUGAACUCAGUGCACUGGUUUCGCAAAGGUCUGCGGCUGCACGAUAAUCCGGCGUUGCAGGAGGCCCUCAAUGGAGCAGACACAGUGCGCUGCGUUUAUAUCCUAGACCCCUGGUUUGCUGGCGCCGCUAACGUGGGAAUCAACCGAUGGAGGUUUCUGUUGGAGGCUCUGGAGGACCUGGACAGCAGUCUGAAGAAGCUCAACUCCAGAUUGUUUGUAAUCAGAGGGCAGCCUACUGAUGUUUUCCCAAGGCUUUUUAAGGAGUGGAAAGUGACCAGGUUAACAUUUGAAUAUGACCCAGAGCCUUAUGGGAAGGAGAGGGAUGGGGCCAUCGUCAAGAUGGCCCAAGAGUUUGGAGUGGAGACCAUUGUCAGAAACUCACACACCCUCUACAACCUGGAUAGGAUAAUAGAGAUGAACAACAACAGCCCUCCUCUAACCUUUAAGCGGUUUCAGACCAUUGUGAGCCGACUGGAGUUGCCGAGGAGACCUCUGUUUCCUGUCACCCAGCAGCAGAUGGACAAAUGUCACACUAAAAUAGCUGACAACCACGACCAGCUAUAUAGUAUACCUUCACUGGAAGAACUAGGUUUCAGGACAGAGGGUUUACCUCCAGCUGUGUGGCGGGGAGGAGAAUCAGAAGCCUUGGAGAGGCUCAAGAAACAUCUGGACAAGAAGGUGUGGGUGGCCAACUUUGAGCACCCUCGGGUCAGCAUAUGCUCUCUGUAUGCCAGUCCUACUGGCCUCAGCCCCUACCUGCGCUUCGGCUGUCUGUCCUGUAGGGUUUUGUACUACAACCUCAGAGAGCUAUACAUGAAGGUGUCGCAAAGUCGCUCCCUCAUCACUGCUCUAUGUUGA